AGCAGAGGAAAAGUUUUGCGAAUAUUCACUUUAUUCAGGCUGUCGGACAGUUUAAAGAGCUGCUCGGAGUCCCCACCGGGAGCAAUAUUAUCUAUCAUUUGCCUCAUGAGAUGAAACAAGGGACCAUGGCGGCGGCGUUACUGUCAGAGACGGAGAUCAGGCAUCGGUCUAUGGCGGAGGAGGAUCCGAACGGGAAUGAGCACGGGGUGGCCGCGCGCAGCACCGCGCCUCGCUGGGGACCACAGCACGCCGGGGCCCGACAGCUCGCCAAACUGUACUCUCCGGGAAAGCGACUCCAGGAGUGGAUCUGUGUGAUUCUGUGCCUCUCACUCUUCAUUGUAAACCUCUCCUUUCUCUUCCUCAACUUCUCCACUGUGCACAUCUACAGAAUCAUCUUUGGCAUCGUGACUGGUAUUGUGACAGCAGACUUUGCCUCUGGGAUGGUCCAUUGGGGAGCUGAUACAUGGGGUUCAGUGGACAUCCCAGUAAUUGGGAAGGCAUUUAUUCGACCAUUCCGGGAGCAUCACAUUGAUCCGACGGCUAUCACACGGCAUGACUUCAUAGAGACUAAUGGAGACAACUGCAUGAUCACCAUCCUGCCUCUGGCCCACAUGGCCUAUAAAUUCCUCUCCUACCCACCAGAUGCCCUUGCAGAGUCCUACCCCUGGGAAUGUUUUGUUUUUGCGUUGGCGGUUUUUGUAACCAUGACUAAUCAGAUCCACAAGUGGGCUCACUCCUACUUCGACCUGCCACGCUGGGUCACACUAUUGCAGGACUGCCACCUAGUGCUGCCCCGCAAGCACCACCGGAUCCAUCAUGUGUCGCCGCAUGAGACGUACUACUGCAUCACUACAGGCUGGUUGAACUAUCCGCUGGACAGAGUGGGAUUUUGGCGGACAAUGGAGUGGCUGAUCGAGAGACUGACAGGUCAAAGGCCACGCAGUGAUGACCUGGCCUGGGCUAAGAAAACUGACUGACCGGGCCAACAUGACUGAAGCCUUUACUGAGGGCGAGCAGGAACUGCAUAUGGGCCUUACCUAAAUACCCCAAAAUGUCCCUCCAUUUCCCUUAAACCUUCUUCUCCACAGCACAGAACCACAGAUCACUGCUUUUACUGUGGCCUUUUUCCUCUCACACCACCAGUUCCUCCUCUGUGUUUUGUCAAUGUUCACACUCAACAAGAAGAUGAAGUAUAAAAUGGUGGGUAAAGACUGACAAGAGGCACUUUCUCUCUUAAAAUCCUUCACAUGCACAGCUUUUCUCAUUUGAGUGUGCAAAAUGUAUGUUUUCUGGAGGUUGGGCUCUCCAGAGGACUGAAACCAUGUUGUGAUUUCCCACAGCUUGGUUUUCAUAGCAGUGCAUGGAGCGAGAGAAGCAAUUAAAUGUGGAUUUGAUUUUGGAAAGUGCGGAAAAAGAGCAAACAUUUCUUCCAGUUUCGCAAGAGGAGGCGUUCAAAAUGCUUCCUUCGUUUGGACGGAAGGACACACCGAGGAUGGCUUUGUUAAAACGCAGGGAAAGGGUUUUGUUGGUCAGUGCUCGGUUGACCCAACUGAAUGUUUUCCCUGAAUGUUUCUUACUGAGCUCGUGUUGGCCUUAAGUACAAACCCAUUACACUUAUUUCUAAUCAGCUUACCAGGGCUUAGCGGUGAUGAACAUUGAUUGCGUCUCUGGUGUGUUAGUGUGACUUGUUAUUGAUAUAUGGAGUAGUAUUAGCAGUCUAGCUAGUGAUGUCCUCCUGCUGUAUCCCGUGGUACGACGGUUUAGCAAAGGUUGUGCUAGCAAAAGGUCACUUUAGAAAAGGUCAAAAUGAAUCGGAUUUUUAAGUUACAGAGCUUUAUUAAACAGAAUCAUUAAUGUAUUUUUUUUUCUUAUUUAUAUUUGCACUGUAUUUGACCAGUGAUACAUUUUCAUGUGAAAUUAAUGCGGAAAACGGCCAAAUACGAUCCCUGUUUUCUUUCUUGCACGUAUUUACACGUGGACACUUACAAAUUUUCUUCACAAAACACACUUGUAUGAAUUACCUGUUGAUUUAUGUCUUUCCAGCUGAUAAAUGGAGAGAAUAUGACUUUUUAAUGAGGUGUUUUGGUACUGAUUUCUCACAUUCUUAACCGCUUCAGCUUCACAAUUUGGUCUUCAUGUGAUUUGACAUAUUACGGUGUAACAUUCAGCCUUGUAUUUGUUCUUAAAUGUCCAUCUUGCAGCUAAUUCUCGCUGCUAGUCUGCCUUAAACCAAUGUUUUUAUUAGCUGUUUGAUUUAAUAAAUCUCUAAUAAAUACGAA